AUGAACAACGUACUAGUAUCUAGCAGAGUUAGGAGUAAAUGUUUGGGCGACCCGUACACGAAAUUAAUUCAAUUAAAGAGGACAUUUAGAUUUCUAAAGGCAGCACAAGAAAACAACGCUCGGGUAUUGAUCCUAGGUAACAAGUUUCAGAGCAGAAUCAACUUGGAUAAUUUUUUCUUAACUUCCAAGAACAACUUCACUCACUCGCCCAAUUUCAACUCGGAAAUCAUAGAUUCUGCGUCUAAAAACUACGAUUUGAUUUUGUGUCUAGAUCCAAUUUUAUUUGCUAAAAAACUGAAGAACAUAAAUCUACCUAGAGUCUUAGUAUCUACAGUGGACGACUUGUACUGGCAUCGGGACCUAAUCGAUUCCUUCGACUACUUAAUACCCCUAACGCACGACCGCACUGAUCAGGCAUUACACUAUCUUCUUGCGCAAAGAUGGAAGGAAUAA